GACACCCACAGGCUUAUGUUCAGCGGAAUUUUCCCCAAAAAGCCGGAUACGGCGGGGGAAAAAGCGCUGGCGCAGGCCUUGGGGGGAGCGGAGGAUGAUGAGGGAGACAGCAGUAGCUCUCGAGGCAACAAAGGCGGGGGAAAAGGCUCGGGCCUCUUCGACCCGUCAGGACUCGAACGAUGCGCAGCGCUGCCAAAGCCGCCAAGGAGCUCGACAAGUCCACAAAUGCUCGCGAGGCCCUAAAAUUGAUCGAGCUACAAGAAGUUAGCAAACAACGGGAGGCGGAGGCGAGACGUACAGAGUAUGAGGCACACGUGAAGAGUUUGGAGAUCCAGCGUGCCCAGAAGGAAGGAGAAGAAGCCCGCAAGACCUUGGACUCGCAGACAGAGCACGAAAAGCGGAGGGCCGAGUACAGGGACCAGCUGGAGCGUAAGCGGUACGUGGAUCAGCUGAACGCAGAGAAGUAUCGGAAAGAAGAAGAGCUUCGGAAGCAGGAAGAGUACCUUGCCAAGCAGGAGGCUAUCAAGCGCAAGACGCUCGAGUACGAGGCGGAGCUCCGGCAGCAGACGGAACUGGCGCGGGUGAAAGCCGAGACAGAGGGACGGAUCAAGCAGGAGCGGCAGAACCACGACUUACGGGUGGCACAGGCGCGGGCCGAGGCGAAAGAGUACCGAGAAACCGUCCUGGAAGGGAUCAAACUCGCGAGCACCGAGUUGGGGAAGGGCCUGCAGGAGUUCCUGACCGACAAAGAGCGCUUGACCUCCGCGGCGGUGACGCUCUCGGCUGUAGCUCUGGGGGUCUACGCGGCCAAGACAUCGACUGGGGUGGCAGGGCGCUACAUCGAGGCGCGGCUGGGUAAGCCCUCCCUGGUCCGGGACACCUCUCGCCGCACCGCCCUCCAGGUGCUGCGGAAUCCUGUACCCUCCCUCCGCCGGCUCCUCACCACCACCAAGGCAGAGGACGCGCUCAAAGGGGUGGUGCUGGAGAAGGGCCUGACGGAGCGGCUGACGCGCGUGGCCAUCUCCACGGCCAAUACCAAGGCGAACGGGGCUCCCUUCCGGAACUUGCUCCUGCACGGCCCCCCGGGGACAGGCAAGACCCUCUUUGCCAAGGGCUUGGCCGCCAACUCCGGUCUGGACUAUGCGAUCCUGACAGGCGGAGACGUUGCGCCCUUGGGCAAGGAGGCAGUGACGGAGAUCCACAAGGUCUUCGACUGGGCGGGCACCACACGGAAGGGCGUGCUCCUCUUUGUGGACGAAGCAGACGCCUUUUUGCGCCGACGCAGCACGGAGCAUAUGUCUGAGGAGCUCAGGAAUGCCUUGAAUGCCUUCCUGUACCGGACAGGGGAAGCCAGCGACAAGUUCAUGGUAGUCUUCGCCUCGAACCAGCCCGAGCAGUUCGACUGGGCUAUCAACGACCGCAUCGACGAGAUGGUCGACUUCAAUCUCCCGGGGGAGGAAGAGCGGCUGGAGAUGGUCACCAUCUACCUGGAAAAAUACGUCCUCAACCCACCAUCGACCAAGGCGCGGCCCAUAACGGUGGAGGGGAUCGGAGAGGAGGAGGUGAAAUACGCAGCGAAGGUCACUGUUGGGUUCUCGGGCCGAGAGAUCUCAAAGUUGGCGAUAGCGUGGCAGGCAGCAGCAUAUGGAGCGAGAGAAGGAACAGCAACUUUGGACAAGGAACUGUUCCUGCGGGUGCUGGAGCAACACCUGGCGUCCAAGAGGAAAAAGAAAGACUGGUUCGAGGCGUCCCUGCCGGGGGGUCCCGAAGUUGAGGGGAAGGCGUGGGAGGCUCUGGUCACGGACGGGGAGGGGCCAUCUUCAAAGUAGUAGGGAAGGAGGAGAGUGGGAAGUUUGCUGUGCGUAAUUUGUGGGAUGAGAGCCCGAAGUCCCAGAGAAAAGGUGUUUUGGCGGAGGGAGCCUGCAGAAGCAGGAUCCAAGGGCGCAGGGGAGGGGAUGGCAAAGAUUCUGAAGUCGUUAGGUUUGACCUGAAGUUAUGCCUUGGACGGAAAGGCUUCGCACGCCAUAGUGGCCAACUUGUAAGCGGUAAUAUCGCGUGUCGGGGGCGUUUGGGACCAAAUAAGAACGAAAAUAAGCAUCCCUAAG